AUGGAGUCUCGGUCAGAUGAAUCAGAACCUUCUUACAUGGUUGUAAACAAACAGCUUCAGGACGUUAUACGCUUUCAACACACUGUUAUAGCUCGAUUGAAAGCUAAGGUAAGUGCUCAUGAAAUCCAUUUAUGACAUUUUCGUAGAUAAAACUAAUUCGAAUGGGUAGUAAUCAUGAAUGGAAACUCCGAAAGAGCUUGGACUAAUUAAGAACUAGAAGGCUCGCUAAACUGUGUGAACAUAUUUAAGCUUUUUAUAUGGUUAAUUAGGUUAAAUCUCUUUGCUAUAUUGUGACCUUAGAUAAAAUCCAUUACUUCUCUACCAUUCAUACUGACUGAAGAAGAAGCGCUGGAGUAGUGAAUUUUAUAUAUCAGUACACAAAGUGAUGUACAUGUUACAGGCAGUACAGCUCAAAUUUGAGGUUUCAGGGCCCAGUUUAGCACUUAACCCGGGGUUAAAUUUAACCCUGAUUUUCUUUUCUUGUGUUCAAAAGCAUUUUCUUGGACAAUUUUCUCCGUUAUUUUUAGAGCUUCCAAUCAUCAACUUGUAGACAAAAAGAAUUAAAGCUGAAAUGCUUUUUAAGGUUUCAAAUCUGAAUUCAAAUCUCACACUAACCGUGGGUUAUCUUAACCCAGCAUCGAACAACUCGGCCCAGGUUUAAUAAGCUUACAGUCGAACCUCCGGUAAGUGACCACCCAAAAGGCUGAGUGGUUGCUUACGGGAGGUGGUUGUAUACAAGAAUCAAACCACAGGGGACCUUUUCGAAGAAGAGGUCUAGGUGGUCCAGGCACAUCUACUUUAUGGAAGAUAGUUGCUGAAAAGAUGUCUCUUGUCAAGGUUGUGGGGUUUUUGCUUCUUUGUUGUGCUAUUAGGAAUAAUUGUCCCUGGACUCAGUCAUGAUAAGACGACUAAAGGCAAAAGCCGACUAAUCUGGAAUUCUAACUUAGAAGAAAGAACUUUUGACGAAGAAAACCUAGGUUCAUGCCAUGGCUACAGGUGGUGCCAUCUUGUAUUAUAAGUGAAGCCGAAAUGUUGCAAUAGAUAAUUUUCUGCCAACAAGAGUGAGGUAUUACAAUAACUCUGAUGUUACAGUGAAACCUGUGUUAAGCGGACACCGUAUUAAGCGGACACCCUCUAUACGGAUCGUUCCCAGUCAAAAGGAUGCGUUCCAGUAGGAGGGAAGUGCAGACGGACUUCAUGGCGUGCAGACCUCUUUUUCGCCGCUCCGGAUUUCUGUUUAUUCUUAUCGCUCUUUGGCCUUUGACAUUCUUUAAACAUGGAUAUGAUGGUUAUCAUGAAGUUUCUUUGGUCAACAGCUGUGCAUUUGGCAACGAUAUCACUGAGAAUAAAGCAAGUAACUUGGCUUCUUGUCCGUGGAACUACAAUCGUCUAAUUAUCCGUAUUGCACGUGGGAAAGGUUACUUCUCUUCGAGAAUCAACUACCACUCUUGUUCCGUUUCAGGCUUUCAUUUAAUUCGUUUAUUUAUCAGUGGAGAUGUAUGUUUAAACCCUGGUCCUGGUAAAUGUGAAAAUUGUGGCCAAGCUACUACGAGAAACCAUGGCUGUUUAUCUGCACCCUGUCGGAUUUCAUCCAUCUACAGCAUGGCUGGACAUAAUAAACCUCGUCCAAGGAGCGGUGGUGUUAAUUUGAAUAAUCUUAUAACCAUUCAGCCUGCCGGUGCUAUUCAAGCGGUGCGUUCCGAUUUGUUUCGCUUCGCUUUAUUGAAUACUCGUUCUAUCAGGAAGAAGGCUAUGUUUUUGAAAGACUAUGUGGUUGAGAAUCAAAUAGACCUGUUGGCGAUAACAGAAACUUGGCUAGACUUGAAUAAUCAACAGACGGCGAACAUUAUAAAUGAACUCUGUCCUCUGGGGUUUGCGUUUAUGCAUAUUCCUCGAAUGAACAAUUGUGGUGGUGGUGUUGGUCUACUGUACAAUAAAUGCUACAAGAUUGAGAAACAAGAUGUAACCAACUUCUUAUCUUUUGAAUACAUGGAAGUCUUGCUAAGAACACCCGCUACUGUUCUUAGAAUUGGUGUACUUUAUCGGCCCCCGCCGCGUCUACCGAGAAUGGACUCACUGCGACUAUGUUUUUCAACGAAUUUCCUAUUUUGCUUGAGCGUCUAGCGGUAGCUAGUGGUCAUCUUUUAUUGACGGAGAUUUCAAUUUCCAUGUUGAUGAUCGCACCGAUAGUCUGGCCUCCAGGUUUUUGGGUUUACUUGACUCUCAUAAUUUAAUUCAACAUGUUUCUGGCCCUACUCAUAAGGAUAAUCACACACUUGAUUUGAUGAUCACUCGAGCGUGUGAGGACAUUAUUGAGAGCUGGUCAACCUUGAAUCCUCAUUUGUCUGACCACUCAGCUAUCCAUUCAAAACUAUCACUUGCCAGGGCACGCCCACCAAAAGUUAAAAACAAUAUCGGAAAAUUCGUGGUGUUGAUCCAAUUGAAUUUCGUAACGAUGUCAUGGCUUCCACGCUUUUCUCCUCACCUGCAUGCAAUGUGA